AUGCGGUCACUUCGUUGGUGUUGCGUCACAGGGAAAGAUGGCGUCCUUCCUUAUGUCGUUAUUGCUAUCUCUCAAUAUUUGCUUGCUCGUCGGAUCGAUCUCGGAUUUGGCCGGAUUGACCAGGCAGCAUUUAGGGAUCCCUCUCAAGUUGUAACCUUUCUCUUCUUAAACUACAUCUUGAUUGUAUCUUCGGCAUCAAUUCCAACCCAAUGCGAAAUACCAACAGACUUAAAAGUCCGCUACGAGAGCUUGUCCAAUGCAACCAUUGGCAAUCAUUUUAUUCUACCAGCUGAAAUGGCUCCCGCUGAAAGUAACCGCACAACAUGGACCGAUGGUGAUAAAAGCUGCCCAACACCGCCUGUGUCUGGUGAUAUCUUUCGUGAACGUUCCACCUGUCCUUGGUACCUGAACAUUACUCAUGAUUCAACAGUCUUCCCUCCAUCACGUAGUGAAGCGGUAUGUCGGUGUAGAAAGUGUUUAGAGUCUACAAGCACCACGCAACAAUGUACGACUGUACACACUAAAAUGACUGUCCUGAAACGUACAGGUGAAUGUGUUGAUGGAUUAUAUGUGUACGAACCACAUGUGAUUGAUGUAGCCACAGCCUGUGUGUGUGCACGGAGGAUUGAUUUCAUUGCUGAUGGAAGUAGAGACGAAUAUGAGUCCUAA